GGGGUUAUUUUAAUGCUGGGUAUUUUUUGUGCGCAAGUGAAACAGUCACAGCUUUUUGUUUUCUGUCGGAAUCGAUUUGGCUGCGCUCCUUCUAUUUCCGCGUCUGGGAGGGGAACAGUGGUGUGAUUUCAGAGAACUCUUAUCUGUCAAAAUGCAGGACCCAAAUGAAGAUACAGAGUGGAAUGAUAUUCUGAGAAAGAAAGGAAUUCUUCCUCCCAAGGAGACACCUAAGGAGGAUGAAGAGGAGGAGCUGGCCCUCCAACAGCAGUCUGUUGUUAAAACAUAUGAGGACAUGACGCUGGAAGAACUAGAGGAAAAUGAAGAUGAGUUCAGUGAGGAAGAUGAAGCAGCCAUUGAGAUGUAUAGACAGAAGCGUCUUGCAGAAUGGAAAGCAACUCAGAUGAAGAAUGUGUUCGGUGAGGUGGCAGAAAUCUCUGGACAGGACUACGUCAAAGAGGUCAACAAGGCUGGAGAUGGCAUCUGGGUGGUGCUGCACCUCUACAAGCAGGGCAUCCCUCUGUGCACCCUCAUCAACCAGCACCUGAGCACAUUAGCCAGGAAGUUCCCUCAGACCAAGUUCCUCAAGUCCAUCUCCACCACCUGCAUCCCCAACUACCCCGACCGCAACCUGCCCACCAUCUUUGUUUACUUCGAGGGCGAGAUGAAGGCCCAGUUCAUCGGUCCUCUGGUCUUUGGGGGCAUGAACCUGAAAGUUGAAGAGCUGGAGUGGAGGUUAUCAGAAACUGGAGCCAUGAAGACAGACCUGGAGGAAAACCCCAAGAAACAAAUCGAAGACAAGCUAAUGUCAUCGAUAAGAAGUUCACUUCCUACACGAAAAGACAGUGACUCAGAGGAUGAGGAUUAAAAAAAAUUAAACACCUGUAACUUCAAACCACAAAAGCCAUGUGACAGCUACAUGGAAAACACUCCGAAGACCUUAAAACCGAGCAGAGGGGGCGGCUUCUCCUUUGUCAGCAUGUGCGUUGUGUGUUGUAACCAUGUAGGUGGCGCUCUUAUACUGGGAUCAGUCCUGUAUUUGGACAGGCCACUGGGCUGCUGGAGAGUGUCAAACCUACAUUAUGAUCAUCCUACAGUACAUUUCAGCAGGGGGAAACUACAAUCACUGUUUUGUAAUUUGAAUAAACAUUGAACUGUAAUCAACUACGUCUUCACAAAAGCAUCACAGACGAGUUUUAACUUUUUUUAAUACCGUUUCAUGAUAAUUAUGUCACAAAAUGUACAUGUACAUUUAAUUCUGGUAAAUUAAAUGUGAGUUCACCUCUUUGCCACAGCGA